CUGCCGUUAGGAAAAAAAAGUCCAGUCCUGCAGCUCCAGCAAGGCAGUGUGGAUUUUCGGUCAGGAGAUUCUCUUCACCUACAUUAUCAUCUGUCAGAGCAGAGCAGCUCUCUUUGUAUCGCUCCCCUGGACACCCCCACAACCUCUCUCUGUCGGUGCCUCUCUCAUUUAGCCCAGCAGCUCUCCUCUUUUCUUGUCACAAGACAAUCAUGUCCUCAAACGGCGCCGACGGGGACCUCCUGCAGAUCCCCCUGGGGCUCAUCAACAGCGCGGGGAAGUAUCUGACGGCGGAGUCUUUUGGGUUCAAGAUCAACGCCUCAGCCAGCAGCCUGAAGAAGAAGCAGAUCUGGACCCUGGAACAGACCGGAGAGGACGGCAGCGCCGUGUUCCUUAGGUCCCACCUUGGCCGCUAUCUCGCCACUGACAAAGACGGCAACGUUACCGCGGACAGCGAGACGCGCGGCCGAGACUGUCGCUUUGUAAUCACUGCGCACGAAGACGGGCGGUGGUCGCUGCAGUCCGAGCCCCACGGUCGCUACCUCGGCGGCAGUGAGGACAGGAUCACCUGCUUUGCGCAGACCGCCUCACCGGCGGAGAAAUGGAGCGUUCACCUGGCCGUGCAUCCGCAGGUUAACCUUUACAGCUUUGCGCGCAAACGCUUCGCCCACCUGAGCGCGCACGGGGUGCGGCAGGAGGUGUCAAUAGACCGGGAUGUCCCCUGGGGGGUGGACUCCCUGGUGACACUAGUCUACCGUGAUCAGCGUUAUCACCUCGAGACCUCUGAUAACCGAUUCCUCCGCAACGAUGGCAGCCUGUCCACCAAAACGGACAAGGACACCGGCUACAUGCUGGAAUUCCGCUCUGGAAAAGUUGCAUUCCGCGACUGCAACGGCCGAUAUCUGGCACCCGUGGGUCCCACCGGCACGAUGAAGUCUGGGAAGGGCGCCCGGGUAGGAAAGGAUGAACUGUUUGGCCUGGAGCGCAGCCACGCGCAGGUCGUGCUGACUGCAGGCAAUGAAAGAAAUGUCUCCACGAGACAAGGCAUGGACUUGUCAGCCAAUCAGGAUGAGGAGGGGGACCAGGAAGUCUUCCAGUUGGAGAUGAGCCGUGAGGACAGGAAGUGUGCUUUCAGAACUGCUGCUGGAAAAUACUGGACACUGACAGCAACUGGAGGACUGCAAUGCACUGCCUCCACUAAGUCUGCCAACACUUACUUUGAACUGGAUUGGCGUGACGGCCGUGUGUGUAUUCGUGCAACUAAUGGCAAGUAUGUGAUUGCAAAGAAGAAUGGGCAGCUGGCUGCUACUGUUGACAAUGCAGGGGAGGCUGAACAGUUCCUGAUGAAGCUAAUUAACCGUCCAAUUAUUGUCCUCCGUGGGGAGCAUGGUUUCAUUGGGGCUCGUAAAGCUGGAUUGCCGACUCUGGACUCCAACAGAGCAUCCUAUGAUGUUUUCCAACUGGAGUUCCAUAAUGGUGCUUAUUCCCUCAAAGAUUCCCAGGGGAAGUACUGGUGUGUUGAAGAUGACACCAGUGUUGUGUGCGGUAGCUCCACACCUAUCCAGUUCCUGCUUGAGUUCUGUGACCUCAACAAGAUGGCCAUCUGUGCAGUGGGUGGGAAGUACCUUAAAGGUGACCAUGCUGGGGGGCUGAAGGCCAGUGCCGAUUCCCUGGAUGGUGCCACCCUCUGGGAAUACUGAGAAAGGGCUUUUCUGUCGGAUACAAUGCUUCAAACUAUUGAUAGAGACUGUAGGUAGCUGUUUUUCUUUUUUUUGUUGUUCUUUUUUUUAUUUGCCUUUUACAUUGUACCUGUAUGUAAGUGUGUGUGUGUGUGUGUAUUGUUUGGAUGGCUGUAUAGUAGAAAUUGAGUUUGUUAAACUGGACAUCAUGGCACCAAAGCAAUGCAAUUAUUAUAUAUUUUUUUGUUUGUUUGUUUGUUUGUUUUUUUUAUCUCCUUGUUUGUGUUUUUUCCCCUUACCAUUAACCAUUCUCGCUGGGCUUUUACUGGACAUUUGGAUUUAUAAUGACUUCUUCUUUAACUGAAUGUGCCAUUGGACAUUACUUGUUUCAACUCCAGUCAAACUCACACAAGCUUUGCCAGUUAAUUGUGCCUAUCUGUGAUAACUAUUGGUGUAACCAACAUUUACAAUGCUACAACUCAUCACUUACAAUAUCUAGCUUUAUGCUGUUAAAUGUGCUGUUAAACUGAUGUAUGAUGGCUACAUAUGCUGCUUUCAUCUCUUAAUCUCUUUCCAUCCAUACAGUAUAGCACAUAUUGGAUGAAAGGAUGCUACUGAUUUACAUUCCUCUGCUGUAAAUAACGCUUUCUUUGUCACUGAAUGAUUCAAAACAUAGUAACCAUGGAAAUGCAGAAAGGGGAAAUGGCUGGCAGAUUUAAAGUGCUUUUUGCCUCUGCAUUCUUAUCUUUUCCUCUUUUAGAUGUAAGAAGUGGUCAAAUGUUUUCCUUCAGUUAGAUUUCCUUAGUUUUCUCUGUGCCCCUUGGAUGAAUGUAAGUUUUUCAAUAAUAUUCAAAGAUAGUGUUUAAUGACCAUUAAAUUCACCCAUUAAGUGAGUGUUCUUUUUAGAAGGCGUGACAGGGAAUUGAAUGGGAAAGUUUGGUUAGUAAACACAGCAUACUGGAAUGCACAUAAACAUGGUUAUGCAGUCAUAAAAGCAUAAGCUCCAACUGUGAAAAGACAGUGACUAUUAGUGCAAUAAUGAAGUGCCCAUUGAAACUUACUGGUAGUUAAAAGCACAUGUUGUGAUGAAUUUUCUGACUCCGAUUGGAUGCUGCUGCUAGUGUAAAAACAAAAUGGUACUAUUGUUCCUCUGGCUAUUAUUUAAUCUGUGCCUUCCACAGAGCAUUCACUUCUCUUUCUUGCUCUUACAUUUGAACUGAACUGAGUAAAAAUCUACAAUAAAGUUCUGUCUCAUAGUGAA